AUGGAAGAAAGAAGCAGCUCAUCAUGCGCCAUUGGAGUUCCUUUAUCUGCCGCUACAGCGCCGGGUCUCCCUGCUGACGUGCGUGUGCAAGCCCCUCCCCUUCCAAGGCAGCUCUUCUCCGAAACCCGAGUUACUGCGAAUACUGAUCAUCGUAUCCCUAAUGACCAACGGUCAAAGAAGAGUAUAUUUUUGCUGGUAUUAGCGUCAUUAACGACGGUAAUAGCAUUUCAUAUAUCGGUUAGGACAUUAUUCCGGCCCAGUCGUCCUAAAUUCGGACUAUAUUCUCUAUCCGUUUCUCGUUUCAAUAUCUCUGGAUCAGGUGAAAUAACUGCCGAUUGGGACGUUGGAUUCUUGGCAAGAAACCCUAACGGCGUCCUUUGGUCGACGUAUUCGUGUAAUCGUGCCCUUGUUUCUGUUUACUACAAGAAUCAGCUCCUCUCGGAAGGCGUGUUCCCAGAAAUUCGUCUUCCUAGUAAGGAGACAAAAUCUUACACCGCUAAGGCUGUCGCAUUGGGUAAAAGGAUUGAUGACAGCCAAGUUGCAGAUGACAUUGCAAGCGAUUGGUCACAAGGAGUUGUGGCGUUCACUGUCAGAUUGCUGGACGCAUCAGAAGGCUCUGGUAUAAACAAUGUGAACGUCACCUGCAGCGACAUUAAGGUUGCGUUUUCAAAUCAUUCAAGUAGCCAGGGGACGAUGUUGGUUGGGCCGCAAGGUUCUCCAAACAAUACUGAUCGACAGGCUAUUACUCGUUGCUCAUCAUUAAGAUAG